AACUCAAACUCCUUGCAAAUGGCAGACGUGUGACUUUUAUGUUUUUCUAGUUUUUCCCGAAAAAAAAAAUAACAGUUGAAAAAGUAGCUAAAAUACAUAGUGUUUUUUCUUUUGUUUCACAUUUAAACAAAAAAAAAAGAAAUAGAAUCUAUAUUGUGAUCUCUUAUAAUUUUUAAUGUUUAAAAGUGUGUGUGUGUGUAUAAACUUCACGUGAAUUUGUGCGCGGUUUAGAAAAAAAAGGAGAAUAUAAAAAAAUACAGUGAAUAAAAAAGAAAAAGAAUAAAUAAGUGUUUGUGUUUUCAUAUUUAUAUGGUGAAAUGGCAAAAUUAGUGGAUAUUUGGCAUGGUGAUAGUCCGGCUGAGUUAAAACGACGACAAAUGCCAUUAGUUAUCGAUGAAAAUUUAACGCUAAUUAUGGAUGUUAAUGGUUUGGGAGCAAUUUGCGAUAGUCCUCUUGUACGUGGCAAGGAAUUAGAGGAUUUUUCUAGAAAAUUAAAAACCCUAACAAAAGAAGAAUUAAAAGGAUCAUUAGAGGUGACGUGUAAGGAUUUCUUGUCAAUUUUAGGACAAACAAUUCCUUGCGUUGGAUGUAGAAGAAGUGCGGAAAAAUUAUUUUUCGAUCUAUUGGAAGCGGGACAUCCUGUUUUGGAUCCAUUAAUGUUCACGACAGAAUAUAUAUUUACAUUGAAGGAAGAAGUCCUUGAAUCGCCCCAAAUGCUUUGCACAGUUUUACACAAACACAGCGCUCGUUUAAGUUCAAUUGUUGAGAAACAAGUGAGAAGUAAAAAAUCGCAUAGAUGCGCAUUACAUUCCCUUGAAGUGCAAAGAAUGAGGCCACCUCCAAGUGCAUGGCGAGAAGUUUGGGAAUGCAUGAAACAGCCGUGUCGUCAGGAAAUAACAUUAAUUGAAAGCGAAUGUUUGGAUGCAACUCUCGAAAUAUACCUCAGGAAACACAGAUUUUGUUCGGAAUGUCGUACAAAAGUUUUAUUAGCCUCGUCCCUAUUGAUGACGGACGCGGAUCCUUCUAAAGAAAAAGGAUUCGUUCCCACUUUAUACGCGGGAAUAAAACGUUGUACUGCAGAAAGUCACGUUCACUUGCCAAUAAAUACUGAAUAUAUUCACACAAUCAUUGGCCGAGCUCAGCCAGAAAUUAUAGGAAGGGAACGUCAUGCGAAAACUUUGGAAAUAGCUCAAGAGGAAGUUGUUACGUGUUUAGGAAUUUGCGUAGCUGAACGAUUACAUAGAAUACAUCGUCGCCUCAAGGAAGCUGAGACUAUUUGUAAAGUUCUCGCUGCCGUUGCCGUUGAAGCAAUCUCCAGAAAUUUCGAGAUGGCUGUUGAGGAAAAACAAGGAGUAACGAAACUUGAACUUCUCUAUGAGGAAUUAACGAGAAAAGAAAUUGCAAAGCAACAAAGACAGGAAAAAUUAAGGCUGAAACGAAAAAAGAAGAAGGAACGUCGAUUUGAAGCGGAGGAAAAAGAAAAUACAUGCGAAUGCUCAAAUGAACGCUCAAGUAAAAAAACUUGCACUUGCUCAGAAUUAAAACCCGUUACACAGAGUAUCGAUAGAAACAAGUUACAAGUAUUGGAUCCAAAAAAUAAAGGACCACCAACUUGUAAAUGUCCCGAUUGUAUAAAAAAAUCAAGCAGCACCGAAAAGACGACAACACAAGUUCCAAAUACAAAAAAAUCCCUAGCAAAUAAUAAUAAUAAUAGUAGUAGUAGUAGUAGUAACAAUAACAACAACAAUAACAAUGUUUCAAAUAAUAAAAAAGAUUCGUCAAAGAAAAAAGAAACGGUAAAAUUGAAAAAAGAAAAAUCAGAAUUAAGAAAAAAAGUAUCAAAUGAAUCUUCAGUGAAAAAUGAUACGAAAGAUAUAAAAUUAAAUACAAUUAGCGAUGAUAAAGACAACAAAAAAUUACAAAUACAAGAGGAAAAAAUAGUAGUUGAAGAAGAAGAAGAAGAGGCCGAAGAGGAAGAAGAAGAAGAAGAAGAUGAGGAGGAGGAAGAAGAAGAAGUAGUAGAAGUUGAGGUAAAUCAAUGGAAUUUACAAGAAAAUUCCGUUGAUGAUUUAACAAAUGUAUGGUUAGAUCGACCAAAUAAUAUGUGGACUGAAAUGAAGGAGCAUAUUAUUGCAAAAAUGACUGAUCGAAAUUGUCGUUCGUCAAGUGAACAUUCCUCACGUGAUCGUGGAUAUUCAUCGGAGCAUUAUGUGAGCAGUGGUUCAUUUUCAUGUACACCGGAGGGUUCCGAUGUUGCAUGCAGCGAUGGACUUUGCAAUCAUGAUGAAAAUUGUGGCAAUCGUCUCACUGAAAGAACAACCGUCAACAAUGUUAAUACAAAUCCAUUGCGCAUUACACGAUGCGAGGGACCGACACUGAUGCAAAUGUUGGAGGACUCAAAUUCCGAGGAUGAAGGAACCGAGAGUUAUAUCCCAAUGGAGGAUGUGAUGGAAUUCCAAUCGAAAAUCUCGCAAAUUCUUGAAAAAAGACAAGAGCUUCGUGAGAAAUUGAAAAAUAGUUUUGAAAUGCUGUGCAAUCAUCGUAAACCUUUCAUUCCUCAUUGAUUCAAUGUUUUUUUUUAUUAUUAUUAUAAUUAUUAUUCCGGUUUUAUAAA